AUGUUUGACUGCGGGGUUCACCCUGCGCACAGCGGCAUGAGCUGCUUGCCCUACUUUGAUCACAUCAACCCGCAGGAGGUGGACCUCUUGCUGGUGACGCAUUUCCACUUGGACCAUAGCGGAGCAGUGCCGUUGGGGUACUUCGUGAGUCGGACGGAAUUCAAGGGAAAGGUCUUCAUGACCCAUCCCACCCGGCCGAUUUGCAAGAUGCUUUGGCAAGACUAUGCACGGGUCAGCAAGAUUGCUGCAGAGGACCAGAUCUUCAGCAGUGAAGACAUUGGCAAGACCGUGGAGCAGAUCGAAUUGCUGGAUUAUCACGAGGAGCGGCAGUUCCGUGGCAUCAAGUUCUCCUGCUUCCGCGCCGGCCAUGUCCUUGGCGCUGCCAUGUUCAUGAUCAACAUUGGAGGCAUCCGUGUUUUGUACACCGGGGACUAUAGCAGAGAAGAGGAUCGACAUUUGCCGCAGGCAGAGAUCCCCAAUGUCCGCAUCCACGUGCUCAUUGUCGAGUCCACCUAUGGCGUGAUGAACCAUGAGCCCAGGGAGCAGCGCGAGCAGCGCUUUACGAACUCGGUGCACCAGAUCGUGCGGCAAGGGGGGAAGUGCUUGCUGCCGGUCUUUGCACUGGGACGGGCACAGGAGAUCCUCCUCAUCUUGGAGGAUUAUUGGGAACGGAACUCCGACUUGCAUGAGAUCCCCAUUUUUUACAACUCUCCCAUGGCCACCAAAUGUUUGCGCAUUUUCGAGACGUACACCAACAUGUGCAGCCUCUCAGUUCAAGAGCAGGCGAAUCGAUGUAACAACCCCUGGAUCCUGAAGUACAUCCAGAACAUGCCAGACAGGAGUUCCUAGUAGCGUCCUUGCUCCGUUCGUAGCGAGCUGAUCCACAAGAUCCGCAUGAAGAUGCUGCAGCUCGAGGACAAGAAGCUGGUACGAGAGGACUCUCGGAGAAUCUGACGAUGCACUUCUCAUGUCUGUCUACUAUCGGAUUUUUCGACAGCAGACUCGACAGCAGACGGCAGAGUGGUUGCCCAGACCGGUGACUCGACUGGUGCAGAAAGCGGUCGACUCCCGAUAGAUGAGGUUCACUUCAUCCGAUGUCAGUCGCCUUUUGCUUUCGGUAUCCGAUCAAGCCCGGUUCGACACUCGGGGUAAGCCAGAUCUGAUACCUUGAAGUGUCUAAAGUCAGUUGAAUGGCAAGAGAACACGUCUGACGAAGCCGUGGGCGUCGGUGGACGUUUGGGGGCGAUGUUUGAAGAUCGUUUCGAUUGGAAAAGGACAUGUAGCAGAUUGAAGACG